AUGCCGAUCACCAGGAGCAACAAGGGAUCAUCGAGGGAACAGCCACUCGAACCUGCGGUUCAAGAAUCCAGUCCGGAGGCAACAGAAGCGACGUCGUACGAAACAUACGAGAGCUCCGCGACCGGUACGACCCAGAACACAAAACUUGAAGAGACAACGACGCGGACACGUGGUGAAAAUAGACCCGCGUCGAAGAAAUCGCUACGACGUAAGGAACUGGCAGCGAGAGCGGAGCUGGCGGAAAAAGAAUUGAUAGAAGCACAAGCAGCCACCAUAGCCGCCAGACUCCGUCUGCAAUUGAUUCAGGCCGAAAACGAAGACGACGAUGAUUCCAUUAUAGAAGAGCCAAAGGACCGGGAGGACCAGGUCAGGGCCUGGGUCCAGACGUCGGCGGGCAGUAUGGACAAGGAGCCCGCAGGCGAGCACAUUGAGAACCACCCCGUCAGCAAGGCCAACAUGGAAGAUUGCAGCAACAGGGACCUGGCUAAGGCGAUAGUGGAAGCGGUGAGGAGCGCAACGACCAAAGAGCUGCCACCGCAACCCGACUACAUGCACCAGUUGCCGACGUUCGAAGGCGACUGCAGGGAGUGGGUGGCCUUCAAGGCUGUCUACGAGGAUACCGCUCCACUCUUCUCAAGCGCUCAAAACAUGGCGCGGCUGAGAAGAGCGCUGAAAGGACAAGCCAGGGAAGGAGUUCGCAGCCAGCUGUACUCCGAGAGCACACCGGAGGAAGUAAUGGAAUCACUGCGGCGGUGCUAUGGAAGGGCGGACGCUUUAGUCUUGGCGGAGCUAGACCGCAUACGAAGACUUCCGACUAUAAGCGACUCCGCCUACGACAUUUGCUCACUGGCGAGCAAUGUUAACAAUACCGUCGCAGCGAUCAGGGGGCUGCGGAAACCCCAAUAUUUGAUGUCGCCCGAACUGCUGAAGAGCAUCGUCGACAAGAUGCCGACCAUCCUGAGGUUCCGGUGGUACGACCACAUUAUCGAUAAAACUGAAGGAGACCCGGACCUCAACACGAUGUGCGGCUUCCUGAACAAGAUGGCGGACCGGUGCGGGCCACACGCCGUGGCCGAGGCGGCAACAAAAAGACAACCAUCGAGGCGACAGGCGACGCACGCCACAACCGUAUGUACCGAGCGCGAGACUUCGGACAGAGCAAUGAGGGACAAGCCGGCGUGCCCGCAAUGCAAGGAUGGACACCCGCUGUACGAUUGUCCGAGGUACAAGGGCGCUACAGUGCAGGAACGAUGGAGAAUGGCAAAGGAGUCGCGCCUAUGUUACAAGUGCCUCGACGGUAAGCACCGAAAGCAAUCGUGUCAACGACCGCCAUGCCGCACGUGCAAGCGCUGGCAUCACCACUCGCUACACAACGAGAAGCCGGAGACAGAGCCAGCAGAGAACAGGGAAAUCGCGAACAACGUGCGACUUCCCAUCAACUGCACACGGAUCAGCAGGGCGUACUUGAAGAUGGUGCCCGUUGAAGUGUACGGGCCGUCGGGAUCGACGACGGUGCUGGCCCUGCUGGACGAAGGCUCCACGGUAACUCUCCUGGACUCGAGCGUGGCGAAGCAGAUCGGCCUGAAGGGACCCAAGGAGUCGCUCCGCCUCGAGACCGUGGGCGGGAAGACCCUAACGAAGAUGGACUCGAUGAAGCUUAACAUCCGAGUUCGAGGGCUUCACCAGCGGCAGAAGAGGACGAUCUUCGGAGCGCGCACAAUAGACGACAUGAGCCUUGCACCUCAGCGACUGAAAAGGGAAACCAUCGAAGGCUACGCGCACCUGAGGAGCCUGGCGGACCAGUUAUGUUACGAUGUACGAUCCCCCAAGCUAUUGAUCGGGCAGGACAACUGGGGACUCAUCGCCGCCAGAAGGACGCGCAGGGGCAGGAGGAACCAGCCGGUAGCCUCAUUCACCCAAUUGGGAUGGGUGCUACACGGCCUCGACAACAGCAAUGCAAAAGAGGUCAACUUCCUCACCUGCGCCCAUGUAUCGAUGCGCGAAGAGGCCUUGGACAGACUGGUGAAGGAGCACUUCGCGAUAGAGUCGCUGGGAGUCGCACCCAAGCGUCCGAGCACGGAUAUGGAGGCGAAGGCGCUUGACACCUUGGAGAAGACGAGUCGGAGACGCGACGACGGCCGCUUCGAAGUGGGAUUAUUAUGGAGGGACGAAGAAGCCACGCUUCCUAACAACUACAGGUCCGCGCUGACGAGGCUCAGAGGCGUUGAAAAGAAGCUACACAGAGACCCUGACUUGCAAGUGGAAUAUAGCAAGCAGAUGACUAACCUCAUCGAGAAUGGAUACGCUGAGGAAGUCCCACACGAUGGAGCAGGAUCAAAACGGAAGUGGUACCUGCCUCACUUCGCGGUCACACACCCGACGAAGGCCAAGAAACGCCUCGUGUUCGACGCCGCCGCGAAAUUCGAUGGAACGAGUCUCAAUGAUCUUCUAUUGCCGGGACCGGACCUACUACAAUCCCUGUUCGGAGUGUUGUUGCGGUUCCGGCAAAGACCCGUCGCAGUUGUCGCGGACAUCAAGGAGAUGUUCCUGCAGAUCAGAAUCAGGGACGAGGACCGCGACAGCCUGAGAUUCCUAUGGAGGAAAGAUCGACGCGAAGCGACUCCGAAAGAGUAUAGAAUGACGUCAGUCAUAUUCGGAGCAGCCUGUUCACCGAGCGCGGCGUUGUUCGUGAAAAAUAAGAAUGCUGACGAGUACAGACAUCAAUAUCCAGAAGCCGCGCGGGCAAUAGAAAGAAACCACUACAUGGACGACUACCUGCAGAGCUUCGAGACGGAAGAAGAGGCUAUAACCAUAGCCAGCGAAGUGGAUGUCGUCCACCGUGGAGCGAAAUUCGAGCUCAGAGGCUGGGCAUCGAAUAGGCGCGGCGUCUUGGCGAGCCUCGCAGGUGGUGCGACCCCAGGAGACAUAGAGCUGGGGUCAAAGGAAGAAAAGACCCUGGGCCUGCGGUGGUUCUACGAGUCGGACGAGAUGGGAUUCCGGACACAUCCUCGAGACCCAAAGGAUGUAGAAGCACGAACCCCGACCAAACGAGAAGUGACUAGCGCGGUAAUGUCAACCUUCGACCCUAUGGGGCUGGCAUCACCCGUGCUAAUAGAAGGGAAAGCGCUCAUUCAGAGCAUUUGGCGGAGCGGGAUCGACUGGGACGACGUCAUCCUGGAAAAGGACGAGGUGGCGUGGAAACGCUAUAUGGAGAACCUUCGCAUGUUGCAAGGCCUCCGAAUAGCAAGAUGCUUCUCGUACUGUAACACUGAGGGGGAGCUGCACACGUUCACCGACGCCAGCGAGAAGGCCUACGCGUGUGCAGUCUAUUGGCGUCAGAGGACAGACGAGAGCACCUACCGCGUCACGCUUCUAGCAGGGAAAGCCAGGGUGACCCCACUGAGACCAGUCUCUAUCCCAAGGCUGGAGCUGCAAGCUGCACUGCUGGGGACAAGGAUGGCGCAGGCGAUAGCGAACGAAUUGGACAUCGCGGUCGGCAGAAGGACGUACUGGACUGACUCCAGUACAGUUCUGACAUGGAUAAAGACCGACCCACGCACGUUCAAACCUUUCGUUGCGCACCGACUCGCCGAGAUAGAAGAGUCAACGAAGCCCCAAGAAUGGCGAUGGGUGCCUGGCUCGCAAAACCCAGCAGACGACGCAACUAGAGAGGCGCCGGCGGAUUUCGACCACACGCAUCGGUGGUUUAAUGGACCCGAGUUCCUGACGUGGGAUGAAUCGCGCUGGCCCAAGCCGCGAACAUUCAAGCAAGAACCGUCUGGAGAAGAGAAAGAGGCCUACCUGGUCGCUACGGCGAGGACCGCUGAAGCUCAACCCACGCCCGAUCCGCACAGAUUCUCGAGCUGGAUCAGGUUAUUGAGAGCAACAGCCAGGGUCCUCCAAUUUAUCGAGCUGUGUCGACCCCGGAAGGAGAGCGCCUGCGUGUCCAGACAAUUGGAGCAGCAAGAUCCCACGUGGAGGACGACGCGAGCGAAGCAGCCCCGAUCAACAUGGAAGAUAAGGACUCCAGAAGCACCUACAGAAGCGUGGCUGCCGCUCGAUCCGCCCCACUUGAAGAAGGCGGAGAAGAUCCUACUGAGAAGCAGCCAAGGAGAGAGCUUCGGUGAAAAAGAUCCCGAACGUCACCCCAAGUUGCGACGGCUCGACGUCGUAAUGGAAGAUGGCCUGUUGCGCCUGCGCGGACGUAUCGACGCAGCGCAAUACAUAGAUGCAGGCUGCAAGCGACCGAUCGUGCUGGACGGAAAGCACGUGAUAGCGAGAUUAUUGAUCAAACACUAUCACGAGGCGUUCCAGCACGGUAACCACGCAACGGUGAUGAACGAGGUGCGGCAGCGCUACUGGAUCCUAGGUCUAAGAUCGAUCAUUCGAGCGACGGCCGUCCGAUGCCAGUGGUGCAAGGUCUAUCGGAGUACACCACGCCUACCGCCCACCGGAAACCUGCCGAUAGAGCGGCUACGACAUGGAGAGCCGCCGUUCACCUGUGCUGCCGUCGAUUACUUCGGGCCGAUGACGGUGACUGUAGGACGACGUCACGAGAAGAGGUGGGGCGUGCUGUUCACAUGCCUCACCACGAGAGCAGUUCACAUGGAGCUAGCAGCGUCACUGACGGCAGACUCAAUGCUGUUAGCGCUGCGCAGGAUGGCCGCCCGGCGAGGAACGCCCAAAGUCAUUUACAGCGACAAUGGGACUAACUUCGUCGGCGCUAACAAGGAGCUCAAGCAGGCGAUCGAGAACGCGAGGGAAACAGACGUCGUGUCACGGGCCGCUCAGAUGAACAUAAAAUGGAAGUUCAUCCCGCCAGGAGCGCCGAAUAUGGGAGGCGCGUGGGAACGCUUGGUGCGGUCCGUGAAGACCGCGCUGGCGGUCACACUGAAGGAAAGACACCCGAGGGAAGAAGUUCUGCACACUCUUCUGUUGGAGGCAGAGCACGUCAUCAACUCGCGACCGCUCGUCGCUAGGGAAGAGAGUUGGGAGUUAGAAGCACUCACGCCGAACCACUUUCUCAUAGGGAGGUCCUGCGGAGCUCCGAGCAUCGGCGACUACAGAGACGAAGACCUGACCGGCAAAAGGACAUGGAGAGUGGCGCAGCGUAUGGCAGACCACUUCUGGAGUAGGUGGGUCAAGGAAUACCUGCCCACGCUGCUGCCCAGGAAGAUCGACGGGAGAGCAGCUGGCGAGGACUUGCAGUGUGGGGAUACCGUCCUCAUAGUGGACUCCACGCUGCCACGCAACACAUGGCCGCGCGGGCAAGUUGUCCACACCUACCCAGGUCCCGACAACCGUGUACGAACCGUCGACGUCAGAACGAGCGGCGGUUUGCUUAAGAGACCUGCCUCCAAGAUGAUCCUACUGGUGCCUGCAACGAGCGACGAGCCCACGCCCAUAGAGUCGCCACGACAAGGAGUCGGUGCUACGCACGAGGGGGAGGAUGUAGUCUUCCACGUGAAUGGUACUGUUAAAACAUUGAAAUAUCAAUUUGUAUUGAAAUACCAGCUCUACUGCACAAGCGAGGUUUCUUGA